AUGUCCCUUCUACGUGAAGCAGAGAAAUGCAUCGCCAAUCAGCAGGUGCAUAGAGGUCUCAAUGCAUUCAUAACACCCAUACCCCGCGCGGGUCAAUGGCUGGAGCGCGUGAAGGAGGCAGACCAACGUCGGGAGCAAGGGAGCUCCAAAUCCCCCGUCGAUGGUCGCCUAAUCGCCAUUAAGGAUAAUAUUUGCACUCGCGAUCUUCCGACCACUUGCGCCUCAGGAAUCCUCGACAAGUUCAAUAGCCCGUUCAAUGCGACGGUAGUGGGUCAAUUAGAAGAUGCGGGAGCUAUUGUAGCUGGGAAAACCAACUUGGAUGAGUUUGGAAUGGGUUCGAAUUCCAUUUAUUCACGGUUUGGACCCGUGAAGAACGUGGGCCGCGACGGGCAAGAGUUCUCCGCGGGUGGAAGUUCGGGUGGAAGUGCCGUUGCGGUUGCAGCGGAGCAAUGUUAUGUUGCCCUUGGGACAGAUACGGGAGGUUCUGUUAGACUCCCAGCUGCAUAUACCGGAACAGUCGGGUUCAAGCCAUCUUAUGGCUUGAUCUCUCGAAGGGGAGUGGUCGCCUAUGCCAACUCUUUAGAUACUGUUGGUAUCAUGGGUAGGACGACCUCCAGCGUUCGAGACGUCUUUUCAAUCCUUAAUCGUUAUGAUGAGCAUGAUCCCACCAGCGUGUCAAAUUCCUCUCGGAAACGAAUUCUCUCGCACAUUACGUCUCGAUCAACCCCCAAACCACUACGAAUCGGUGUACCAAUAGAGUAUAAUAUCGCAGAACUUUCGCCACUAGUCCGGAAGGCCUGGCUUAGGUCUCUGGCAGGUUUGCAAGCACAGGGACAUACCAUUCAUCCCGUCUCUUUACCAGCCACAAAACAUGCACUGUCAGCAUAUUACGUCCUUGCCCCAGCCGAAGCAUCGUCAAACCUGGCUAAAUAUGAUGGUGUACGCUACGGCACUCAAAGUGAUGAUCCUACCUACUCGAACACCCGAGGUAGUGGGUUUGGAUCUGAAGUCCAACGGCGUAUUCUUCUCGGAACAUUCAGUUUGAGCGCCGAUGCCAUGGACAACUACUUUAUACAGGCACAAAGGGUACGCCGAUUAGUGCAACAGGACUUCAAUGCUGUGUUUAAUGCCAUGCAUCCUCUUGCUACUGCGAAUGAUCGGGAUGCGGGCCAUCCCAAGCCAGGCGAUGUAGAUGUUCUUGUGUGUCCUACCGCACCCUCACCUCCACCCUUGCUAUCUGAUAUUACAAGCGCCUCUACUGGUUCCUCGCCAUCGUCCUUGAAUGCCUAUGUCAGCGACGUUUUUACCGUGCCAGCCAGUCUGGCAGGUUUGCCCGCCAUCUCUGUGCCAGUCACUCUGACCGAGUCUAGCCCGGACUCAAAUAAUGUCGAUUCUGAUGCUGGCCAAGUUGCCGGAAUCCAGGUUAUUGGUCAAUACGGGGACGACGAGCUAGUGAUGCAAGUUGGAGAGCUGCUGGAAGGUCAACGAUUAAGCGGAUGA